AUGGCAGCGGACACCUUGGAAGAUCUCUGUUCAACCACACAGAGCUUUGACAGACCGGAUGGUUUCAGAACAUACGUCUACACCCACAGCUGCCCGUGCACAGGAAGAAGACACAUCCAUGACAACAACAGCAAGUACACCUACAGGUGCCUUCUCCAACUCCCACUCUUCCCUAUAGCUCUACUCCUCGUCCCCUUGCUGCUCUGUAUCUGGGGCCACCAGGCCCAAGGAGUCGUCCACUCCAGCUUCCGCCGCCUCAGCAGCCGAGAAAAGAAAGAGAUGCAGAGGGAGAUCCUGUCCAUCCUGGGUCUACCGGGUCGGCCCAGACCCCAUCCUCCCCUCCGACCGCCCUCUUCAGCCCCCCUCUUCAUGCUGGACCUGUACCACGCUGUGUCGGCCGAGGGGGAUGAGGGAAACGGAAUAGGGGAUUGGGCAGGGGGUCUGGGGUUCGGCGUUGUGGAUGGGUUGACGGGCCACGUCAGCCAUGCCGCGCUGCCCACGCUUAACACAUACACGGCGCCACUGGGGAUGGUGGUCAGCGAGGCAGAUACGGUCAUGAGCUUCGUCAACCUGGGUGAGUUACUGACCGUUGAUAAACCUGCAAUUUAAAAUUAUUGUGUUUUAAUUGGCUAUUGUUGUUGACUCGUUAUCCAAUUAGUUGGGAGUUGUUUGUUCAGCCAAUGGCCUCCCAAUAGGGAUUUCCAAAUAGAGGCCCCAGGGCCUGAUCUGGCCAAAAACGUAUCCUGUGAUCCUUUACAUGUCUUGCAAAGAGCCCAGUAACUGAAUAAAGGACAUAUAGUUGGAUUUUUCAAUGGGAAACUAGGCCAAUAUGGCAACGUUAUGUGGUGUUGAACCAGUUCACCUCUCAGGGACAGUUUUGUUAUCACAUGAGAUACUUGUCCUGUGCUGCACCAUCCCAGUCAGUAGACCUACUGAUGCUUAUCUGACACGGCAUAAAAAUUAAACGUCCUUUUCCCAGUCGUUUCCUUCCGCUAUCUCUCCUGGAAUAAGAUGGAAAACCUUGUUACCGUGGGAAACAUAAUUCCAUGUUAUUUCUCUUCACAUUUUGCAUUGCUUCGACACUUGAUAUGCUAGUUUUUCUUCGGAUUUCUAGUAUUUUGACAUACAUAAUAAUAUAUAUUACUGUAUCAUACAUUACUGUUUUUGUUAUAUUUUUGUGUAAUUAUACAUUUCAGUUAAUGUUUCACUAGAUCUUAUUUUGACAAUGUCUGGUGUGACGCCUUGAACCACCAUCUAACCAAUCUAGACAGUUUCUCAUUUAUAGCCCCUGUCAGUUGGAGAAAGAAAAUACACCCAUCACACACACAGUACACACACACACACACCCUAUCAAUCCGACCCAGUCAAGGCCAUGCAACCCGCUCAACACAGCUGUAAGGAAUUACAGGCCCCACUGACACACACAGAAAUGGAGAAACGGGCUAACAAGAGGGGAAAAUGCGGCAGAGGACCGCUCUAAAAAUACUCCCCAACCUGUAGUUAGUGGUGUGUGUGUUGAGCAGCUGCUGCAGUUGUAGGUCCUUAGUGUCUCUAAUUACUGUACACUACAGGGCCCCGACCGUGGUUGUUAAUCUGCUCUUCAGAGAGAGAGAGAGGAUGUGUGUGUGUUCAUGUGUGCGUAGUCUCGCUUGAGACACUGUGUCUGUGGUGAGAGACCAGCGUGUGCGUGUCCUUCCCUAUCUUUCUCUGUCUUUCCCUAUUGCCUCCCUCUCUCUCUACAUUAUCGCUAUCCUGUCCUCCUUCACUGGGGAUCACCUGCACACCUCUCUCCACGUCUGCUCCGCUCCUCUUUCCUCUUAUUUCCAUUGACUCAGUCACUCACCUUCCAAUCCUCCCAUCUCCCAUCUCCCUCCACACCUUCCCACUUCUGCUGCUCUUUUCUCUCCCUCUGUCUUCUCAUUCACCACUUUCAUAUUAUAUUUAUUGCUCCAUGUUUUGCUCUUUCGCCUCCCUCUUCAACCUCCUCCUUGUGUCAUGUUGGAAUGUCUGUAUCAUACACUAUGUAUCGUACAAUGAGUAUAUCUCUGUGUUUGUAUUUCUGUCUUUUUAGGGCUUGUUGAGGGGAGUAGAGGUAAUGUGUAGUGUAGAUGUGAGCAUGUGUGAAUAUGAGGUUUUGUGCUGUUUAAAUGUGAAAAUGUCAGUGGUAUUACAUCGACCUCCCUCUCUCCUCCUCUCUCUCAGUGGAGCAGGAGCGGGACCUGCUGCAGCCGCGGCCGUACUGGAAGGAGUUCCGUUUUGACCUGACGCCCCUCCCCCAGGGGGAAACAGUGACAGCUGCAGAGUUUCGCAUUUAUAAGACCCUGACCAUGGGCCAGAGGGCCAACCGCACCCUGCACAUCUCCGUCUACGAGAUCCAACGGGAGAACAAACACAGGUUCCUGCCACUAGAUCUACUUAAUAUAGCUAUUUAACGCUCUCUCUCUGACAUAUGUAUAUGAUCUACUUUUGGUUUUGAAUGAAAAAAAGGAUCAAACAGAUAAAAUAAUGCCUUUCUUAUGAUUCCCCUCACUCUCUUUGCAUGCUCUCUCUUUUUUCUCUCUAUACACCACGGUUUGGCAUAUCGGUCCAGAUGUUUUUUGUUUGUUGCUGUGGCAAAAUGCAAUGUUGAAUUUGUAUUGCUAUUCACCCUGGCCUCAUAGAACUCCUGGCAAAAUAACUCAUUGGCCACGUUGUGGCUUGCGAGGACGUCUUGUACAAACUUGGUUCUCGAGAGCUGAAGCUCAGUGUCUGUCUCUACUGCACGGCCAUACAACAUGUUUUGCGUAUCUCUCCAGAGUUUGUUGUCUCAUGCCACUCCUCGACUUUCCUCAGAGAGCCAGAGCUGGUGCUGCUGGACAUGCAGUCGGUGCCUGCGGGGCAGGAGGGCUGGCUGGCUUUUGACGUGACCUCGGCCAGCAACCGCUGGCUCCUGCACCCCCGCAGCAACCUGGGCAUCCGGCUCUAUGUGGAGACAGAGGAGGGUGAGCAUCAUAGAGUUAAUACUAUGGUCAGGGUCAGGAAAUGCUCUGCAGAUGUGGAGGCUAUUUCCCACUAAGUGGAUUUCUUGAUUUUUAUGCCUUUGAAUAAGGAGGGAAAUUCACUCAGAAUACAACACCAGUACCUGUGCAGUAACACUGUAAUGUCACAUAGUAUUUGUAAUUGUUUAGUAAAUACAUAGAAAUUGAGGUUUUGGUUUACCUCAAGAUUGUUCUCUCUCUAUCAGACCGGUCCCUGUCAGCUGGGUGGGUAGGAUUGGUGGGUCGUAGGGGCCCCCGCUCCAAACAGCCCUUCAUGGUGACCUUCUUCAGGGCCAGCCAGGCCCCCUGUCGCCCCCCACGCGCCCUGAAACCCAACCCCCGCAAGAAGAAACCCAAAUACGACCUGCCCCUGCCCAGUAUACAUGGUGAGGUCCUACAAGGUCAGGGGACAACUGGUUUUUGGUCUUGUUGUUAAACUUGUUUUAUGCACAGUUUAAAGGGAUAGUUCAUCCAAAUUACAAAAUUACUUAAAUUGCGUUUAAAUUUAGUUAUGUAUUUUAUUUUAAAUCCAAUGCAUCCAAAGUGUACAUUACAGUUUGUCCUGGCUCAUAACACAUUUUUUGGUCCCUUUCAGAUCACAGCCACGUCAACAGUGGGCGUCAGGCUUGUAAGAGACAUGAAUUAUAUGUGAGCUUCAGUGACCUAGGCUGGAAGGUGAGAUUCUGUCUCCCUUAACUACUCAUUCGAUUGAAUAGAUAAUAUCAUGAGCUAACAUUGUAUCAACUUAUUUGCUGUAACACACAGUUCUAUUCUAGUCAUUAAUCUAAUCUUGUCAUUCUAUUUCUAUGGUAUUUCUCUCCAUUAGGACUGGGUCCUGGCUCCUACGGGUUACUCUGCCUUCUAUUGUGAUGGAGAAUGCCUCUACCCUCUGGGUUCCUGCAUGAAUGCCACCAACCACGCUAUGAUCCAACUAGUGGUCAGUAUGCACUACUAAAUCCUCUCUCACAUGAACGCUAACAUUAUUGGUUUCAGUCGGAAAGAUGGUAAAUGGCUCAGACAUUAAUGGCAAAUAUAAAAAACUAAAAUACCCAAGUUACCUGAGUCUACAAUGGCGGACUCUCAAUGUAGAGUGCGGAUAGUGAGAAGUAACAUUCAAGACUGAAGCAAUUGUGUCCUCUAGUGGUAUACUUUAUACUGUACCAGGUUACUACAGUACACACACUGAUAAUACAAAACAUUAAGGACACCAGCUCUUUCCAUGACAUAGACUGACCAGGUGAAUCCAGGUGAAAGCUAUGAUCCCUUAUUGAUGUCACUUGUUAAAUCCACUUCAAUCAGUGUAGAUGAAGGGGAGUUAAAGAAGGAUUUUUAAGACUUGAGAGAAUUGAGACAUGGAUUGUGUCUUUGUGCCGUUCAGAUGGUGAAUCGGCAAGACAAAAUAUUUAAGUGCCUUUGAACGGGGUAUGGUAGUAGGUGCCAGGCGCUGCUGGGUUUUUCAUGCUCAACAGUUUCCCGUGUGUAUCAAGAACGGUCCACCACCCAAAGGACAUCCAGCCAACUUGACACAACUGUGGGAAGCAUUGGAGUCAACAUGGCCAGCAUCCCUGUGGAACGCUUAGGGUACCUUGUAGAGUCCAUGCCCCGAUGAAUUGAGGCUGUUCUGUGGGAAAAAGGGGGAGCAACUCAAUAUUAGGAAGGUGUUCCUAAUGUUUUGUACACUCAGUGUAUGUUUUUAAAUAGUACAGUAUCACAUCACAGUACAAAGCCAUAUAAAGUGUGGACCUGUAGUACCUGUAAAUCAACUAAACGUUGCUUUUUAUUUCCAUAUGCAAAGAAUAAAGCAUCAUUGUUCAUGUAAUAAUCUAAUAUUAGCCUCAUAACUCUAGGAAGAGGAAAUAGUGAUGAAAUAAUCAAAUAAAUGAAAAUACAGAGUUGAGUUUAUUUAUUUUAUUUUUGUUUUUACAGGGACAGUGCACAUUAAUCAACGUUUCAGUAAAAGCGCCGGUUUUAGCCAGCUGGCUAAUUUUCAACCGCAGUAAUAAAUGUUUUUGAACUACUACUUAUUUUAUAAAAAAAUGUAAAAUUCAGUGCAAAGUAAUGUAUUGCAUUGGUGUCUAGAUCCCUGUUAGGUGGCAAAGUGUCACAAUAAUACUGUGGGGAGAGAAAACAAGAGAAUACAUUAAUUUAAUGGGUGUUAACUAAUCAGGGUUCAACAAAGCACUUAAAGUUCUCAAUUCCUUCACAAGAGAGAGAGAGGGAGAAAAUGUGAGAAGAGAGAGGGAUGAGAAAGGAGUAUGGUCCCUGCAGUAUGACUACAUGCUGGCCAUGAGGUUCUCCAAGUGGUACUCCAGGAGGCUGGAGAGCUCAGUGACCAGAGACUGGGUUAAAGUACCAGGCCAGCUUCUGGCCAAACAUGUCAUCUAGCAGAGCCAUCAGCCCGCCCUGAAGAGAACACCACACAACACAUAGAAAAUGGCUCUGAGUUACUAGCUUAUCAAGAGGAGAGAGACAAUGAGCACUACUCCCCCUAAAAUGGCAUUGAAACCUGGUUAACCAUUAAUAAGGAAGUAAAAAGGAAGUAAACUAAGAAUACGGAAGUAAACAGGAAGUAACCUCUUGACUCAUUGAGCAGCAGCAGGUAUCUCUCAGCCUCUGGCUCCAUUUUGGCAGCAGUGGGCAGGAAGGAGUACAGGAGAGCAUACAGACGCUCCACGAACCCACCAGGGUGCUAAAGGAAAAGGAGGAGAAAAGAGGAAUUUAAGUGAAACUGCUAAGAGACAUCAAAACAUGUACCAGUGAGAUGCUACUUACCACCAUCAGGGACUUCUGAGCUGUCAUCAUCCCAAACAGCACCAGCUCAAAGAGGACAUCAAUCAGGUUAACAUGAUGGAUCUAGGACAAGAAAACACGUUUGGAGAAAAUAGGAAUGAUUUCAUAUAGAUCAGCUACUGUCAUUUAUAAAAGACAUGCAUGUGGAAGAACUCAAAGUGAGACUUGAAAGAGUUAAUGAACUCACCUUUGCCUCAGCCAGCUCCCUCUCAAUGUCAAUCUGCUUGGAGGGGUCACUCAGGUAGUCCACAAAGUUGUUAUAGGCACGGAUGAAUUUGGCCUUGUCCUAUGACAAAGAAAAUAGCAUCUUAGUGAACAGAACACAUUUCCCUUGACAGACAAUGAGUUAGUGAGUUACCUUGUGGUUGGCCUGAACCAGUGCGCCCAGGAGGACCUUUCCCACCACAAACAGAUGGUUCCUGCUCAGGGUGGAACCGAGCAGGGUCUAGAGAAAAGGGAAGAGUUAGGGUGAGACAUUUUCCUCUAGGAGACAGACAGAACAAGAAGUCACAGAGAGAAAAAGAAAAGUGGGUCCACUCACAGUGAAGGCCUGGCGCAGGGAGACGAGCCUCAGGGCGAUGUCCUCCACUAUCUUGGUGGUAAGGUAGAGGCUGUGGGAGGGAGGGAAUGGAGCAUGUCAACCAGUAGUCAAUGGGGGAUAACAGCAUUGUGACCACUAUCCUUCAGCAUCUGACAAGCCCAGACUACACAGACAUUUAGAGGAACUCAGUUUAGCAGAGGAACCUCCCUCUCCUCAGGCAGCAGGUCCUCCUCCCAUCCCUACAACAACAAAACAAGCAUUCAAAAUCAGUGACCAAUGCAAUGACAUAACAAAUAAUCGGUCAAUCGAAGGAUCUUAAUGUGCCUAGUCAAUAGUAUGUAUGUGUGUGUGUGUGUAUGUAACAUCUGACCUCAUAGCAGUUGUGGGCCUCUGGCUCAGUGAACUGCUGAGUGGUGGGCAUAGAGAAGGAGGCAGCCUCAGACCACGCUGAAGAGGAGAGCAGCCUGUCCAGCCCCAUGUGGAGAGUGCCACGAGACAUCAGUCUGCUGCUCAAAACACGCACAACACACCUGUUUACCACACACACGUUAUUAGAAAACUGACCAAAUCUAAUGCAAAAAUGCCCAGUAAUGUCUAGUCUAUAUACAUAGGAAAUCGUUUAUUACCUAGUUGCAGCCAAGCGUCACCUCCACAGACUUCUCGUGGCGGAGGUGAGACGCAUACUGGGGUCACCCUGCCAGCCACAUACUGACAGAGAGAGAAUACAUUUACAUAACAUUUUAGUCAUUUAGCAGACGCUCUUAUCCAGAGCGAUUUACAGUUAGUGAGUGCAUACAUUAUUAAUUUUUUCAUACCCACAACCCUGGCUUUGCAAACGCCAUGCUCUACCAACGUAUUUUCUUUGCCCUAUGUUAUAAAUAACAUAAUUAAUCAUUAGAUUGUUCGCUACAAUAUUAUAACAUUAAUAUACUUGUACUUGACAGUGUUGAUUAAAUAAUAACGUUAAUUUGCUGUGACCAUUGCUAGUUUAGACUGCACCGCUCUUGGUUGUAUAUCUUCCAAAUCAAAUCGUAUUGGUUAUUGCGGGUGUAGCGAAAUGCUUGUGCUUCUAGCUCCGACAGUGCAGUAAUAUCUAACAAGUAAUAUCUAACAAUUUCACAACAUAUACCCAAUACACACAAAUCUAAGUAAGAAAUGAAUUAAGAAUAUAUACAUAUAUGGACGAGCGAUUUGGUGUUCCAUAUUGGUGUUGUGAGGUGAUACGAUUUGGAGGCGUUGCCGCUGGUUGGACCAAUCAAAAUCAACUUGAUACCUUCUUCAUUUUCACCUCCAGAUCCUUCCUAUUACCUAUAACCGCGAUCAAUCUACGUUGAGAGGGGCCGUUCUAUAGCGUUUUAAAGGGAAAGACAUAUAUAUAUAUAUACAUAUAUUUAGUCCCUAUUUAGUUUUGUAUUCAGCGGAUUUCAUUAAUAAAAAGCAUAUGUUUUCACUCACGUACCUACAGCCACUAGUUAGCUUGUAAAUUGAAUUUCGAAGUUAGCGCCGUUCUGCCGCGGAGUUCUAUUGAACGGUGACCACUUUUUGAUCAUGCCUGUGAUGACGUUCCAUUUAAUCUAAACAUGCUAAAUUCUCAAGAGUAAAUCGUCGGUAACUUUUGAACCAUAUACGGUAGAUACAUGGGGUUUGGACUAUUGUUUUCUGACAGAAUUUUCUAUUGAAUGGGAAUAUUUGUAAACCUUGAAAUAAUUAAUAAUUUGAUGGGUGAACACCCUAUAUAUUAUUGACUAUUUUGCCACCAGAGGCGUUCCUAUAUUGUUGGUAUAAUAUAAAAUACAAAUACCAAAUAUUGUUUUAUAAAGUCACUAGCUACGUUGGAAGAAUGAGACAAGGUGAUUUUUUUUUCUGGUGUUGUUUAACUCCUGAAAGUAUUUGCCUCAGUGGCAGUGGCGGCUCCUGAAAAAAUUCUCAGGGGGGGCAAUUUUUCUGAUGAUUUAGGUGACCUACACACAUUUAAAAAAAGAUAUGUCCAGCAACAACAUGAAGACAGGGGCAGCAUAUAAGUCAAUACCAGAAGCAUUUAUUGACUGAUCUCAAAAGUGUUGGCUUACAAAAGCAAAAUAAGUUAUCACAGUAACAAUAAUCAAGGGUGUUCUUUCACAUUCCUCAACACUGCAUAAACAAUAUGCAUUUCCAUAAAACACCUCAUCUAAUUGUGCCACAAAGUUGACAAGUCCAAGAAAAAUACCAGGGUUGGUGGAGCCCUCAGUUUCAUCUUUGCCUCGCAAAGCUAACUCAAACACUCCGCAAAACUUCACACACUGGAUUAGCCGGCUGAGGAUGUGGCGGUUCUUGCUAACCUCAUCGUUGUGGCGGCGGACAGCUAGCCUGUAUCCCUCAUCCAGUUGAGUGGCAAUGUUCACUCUCCCCAAAGCAGACAAUCUCAAACAGCUAUCCAUGUGGGUCUUUGACAGCUCAUGUUUCUUAAUCUUUUCUGAAAGAUGGUGCAUGUCCGUUACACCAGUCGCUGUCCAAGCGGUGCUGUCUGCCGUGCCGCCUUCAGGGUGAAAGAGUAAGCAGGGGUAGCAGAAGACUGCAUUAGCUACAUCGCAGCCUGCUAGCCAGGUUUUUCGUUCGUACCAAUUUUUGGAAAAUCCUCGGGUGUAGGACUUUCCCCCUUUAGUAGAAACCUGUUGAAUUAUUAAAUUUGGUCUGGGAGGUCCUAAUUGUUUCGUUGCCAAUUUAUCUUGAUUUGUUCGCCGACAAAAAGGAACUUCUUUCAAAGAGACAAUCGAGUUGCACUGAACGCUAGCCAUCUUGACAGUAGUACGUGAAUUGAUUGACGCUGCUACCCGCUCUUUUCUUAGUUACGUUCAUGGUUAUGUUACGUAUGACGAAAGCGCGUAAGUGCAAGCCCUCCCGGAACCCAUAGAGAUUGUAUUGAAAGCUCUGAUAUUUGAAAAAAAAAAGAUUUUACAUGAGAGUCUAUGAGAGACUUCUGGGGCGAUUUUCAACCUGACUGAAAUCGCCCCAAAAGGGGCGGGGCCAUUUGAAGCACGACUUUAGCCUGAUUGGACAUUUAGUGGCAGAUCAGACGUCUAGAUUAGAACACUGAUAACUACUGUUGCCGUGAUAUAAUUGAUUAUAAAAAAAAUCCCUUCCUUUUCCCGUUUGGCAGUGCGUCGCCCAUAUCGCCCUAAUGAACACACCGCCCCUGCUCAGUGGGCUAUAAAGUAUUGUGGAGGACAGAGGACCCGGCUUCAUUAAAACAUACCUUCACACGGCCUUCCGAGUGGCGCAGCGGUCUAAGCCACUGCAUCUCAGUGUUUAAGGCGUCACUACAGAUCCCCUGGUUCGAUUCCAGGCUGUAUCACAACAGGCCGUGAUUGGAGUCCCAUAGGGCGGCGCACAAUUGGCCCAGCGUCGUCCGGGUUUGGCCGGUGUAAGCCCUCAUUGUAAAUAACAAUUUGUUCUUAACUGACUUGCCUAGUUAAAAAAUAUUGACCAAAUUCAGACAAGGGGGGCCCACUGAAAAAAGAGAGCACUGAAGGAUCCAAAUAAUAAUAACCCAUGUCUCUUUUAUAACAGGAUAAUAUCAUUGAUUAUAUCAAAGUGCAUGUAUGAAUGAGUCUGAUUUACAUUUUUUUAAUGGCAGGUUCACCUUCUGAAACCGGAUGAGGUUCCCAAAGCGUGCUGCGCACCCACCAAGCUCAGUCCCAUCUCUGUACUCUUCUACGAUGACAAUAACAAUGUGAUCCUAAAGAAGCAUCGCAACAUGGUGGUCAAGACCUGUGGAUGCCUGUGACACCUAUGGUAGCACAUCUAUCAAUUCUACACCAUUUUAAUCAAUUUGACUGCCAUUGUCCCAAAAGAUACAAACGAGGUAAUAUAACUUGCAACCAGUAGUUGAUAGCAAUAAUCUGACAAUAUGCUGAUAAAUAGUAUGUAUCUAAUAUAUUGAUUUUGAGUCAGAGAUUGGUAUAUGAACAACACCCAUUGCCUCCUUCUUAAAGAAAUCCUCAAUUAUUAUCUUCACAUUGGACUUAUAACCAUAAUUCACUCUUAAUUAACUAAACUAUUCAAAUCUACAGUAAUUCAGAUAAUUACAUCACCCUUUCAUGUAAUAUAUUCUGUGACCAAUCAAAGCUGCAAAGUACUGUAUUAGAACUUCAAUCAAUGCUAAAAUUCUACCCUUUUGAUGGCUAUAGUAUCUUGUUGAACCAUUAAUUUAUCAUUGUCUCUUUUAGAUGUACUACACAUGGUUAAAUAAAAAAGCUAAAUAUAUGGACCAUAAAUGCUUUGCAAAGAUUACACGUUUUUUUCCCUUCUUUAAUUAUACUUUUAACCAGUACAAGUUAGUAGCAAUGGAAAAUGUCAAAU